AUGGCCUCCGACGGCGAUGGCGUCCACGGCGGAGGAGGAGGCUUCUGCAACAGCGACUUCAUGGAGCUGCGGCCGGAGAAGGGCGGGGUGCGCGACCUCCUCCACCUCCUGUGGUCGCCGAACGUCGCGGAGAACGACGCCGUGGACUGCCCCACGGGCACGGAGAUCGAAUCGGCGCGGCGGCGGUGGGCCGUGUUCGUGUCGCUGGUGGCGCAGAUGGUGCUCCUGUGGGCGAAGCGGCCAGUGGCGCUGCUGGGGCGGGCGGCCGAGUACUGGAUGAACCUCCUCAACGAGAACGGCGGCGGCGUCCUCCCGCUCCUCGCCAACGCCCUGCAUGGGAAGGUGAAAAUGCCAGACAGAGCGUCCCUGAACUACCGUUCCUGCAUCGGGCUGCUCGACACGAGGGUCGAGCUGGACAAGAAGAUCAAACCCGGGGACAGCAACUACCACGCCGCGCUGUCGAUCAUGGCGGCGAAGCUGGCCUACGAGAACGAGCUCGUCAUCAGCAGCGUCGUGCAGAACCACUGGCACAUGGAGUUCCUGGGCUUCUACAACUGCUGGAACGACUAUGAAGAGGACUAUACGACGCAGGCGUUCAUGCUGGCGGACGCGCCGGCGCCGGACGCGACGCUGGCGGUGGUGGCCUUCUGCGGCACCAAGCCGUUCGACACGGAGCAGUGGUGCACGGACGUGGACUUCUCCUGGUACCAGCUCCCGGGCGCCGGAGCCGGCUGCCGCGUCCACGGCGGCUUCAUGAAGGCGCUGGGCCUGCACCGGCGCGGCGGCGGCUGGCCGAGGGACGUCGCCGACCCCACCGGCGCCGGCAACGGCAGGCCGUUCGCCUACUACGCCAUCAGGGAGAAGCUCAAACGUUUCCUGGACGGCAACCCGGGCGCCAGGUUCGCGGUCGCCGGGCACAGCCUGGGUGGCGCGCUGGCCGUGCUGUUCCCGACCGUGCUGGCGCUGCACGGGGAGGAGGCCGUGCUGGGGAGGCUGCAGGGCGUGUACACGUUCGGGCAGCCCCGCGUGGGCGACGAGCGGCUCGGGGCCUUCAUGGCGCCGCACCUCGAGAACCCCAGCCGGUACUUCAGGUUCGUCUACUGCAACGACAUCGUGCCCCGUGUGCCCUACGACGACUCCACGCUCCUCUUCAAGCACUUCGGGACCUGCCUCUACUUCGACAGCUUCUACAGAGGACAGGUGACCGUGGAGGAGCCCAACAAGAACUACUUCUCGGUGCUGGCCGUGGCGCCCAAGCUGGUGAACGCGUGGUGGGAGCUCGCCCGGAGCUUCCUCAUCGGCUACGCGGAGGGGCCCGAGUACGCCGAGGGGUGGCUGAUGCGGCUGGCCAGGGUCGCCGCGCUGGUGAUGCCGGGGCUGCCACCGCACGCGCCGCAGGACUACGUCAACGCCACCAGGCUCGGGGCGGCGUCGCUCGGGCCGCUGGAGCUAGCCGAGCAGCCAUUGUAA